UCAGCAGCGCCCCGGCCAUGAGUGGAGUCACGGAGGAGGAACGGUGGGGCCAAUGGGAGCCACAGGAGGAUUGGGGUCCGACGCACCAGGAGGGGUGGCAUCAGCCGCAGGAGCUGCAGCAGGAGGUGACAGGUGGGGACGGAGAGGAGUGGUGGACUGGUGACAGGACCUGGCAGCAGGGACCGGAGCCUUCUGCGAGUGGGUCUGCCAGGGACGCGGGAACCACGAAGAAGAGGAAAUCCACAGGGAACGCGUACGAGCUCCGGGCGGUGAGGCAUCGGCUGGAAUCACAGGUGAAGGAGGUGGGGAAGCUCCAGGCAGUGGUCGAGAGGGAGAAGCAGAACACGGCCUAUUGGUGGGGGCUGUACAACGAGACGAACCAGAAGGCCAUUGCGUCCGGCACUCACUUGAUCGCCGAGAAUGAGAGGCUGACAGCCUUGGCGAAGACGGAGGCAGAGAAGGCCGAGCGGCUGCAGCAGGAGGUCUUGCAACACGGAGCCACGUUGCAGAAGUUCACCCGAGCGAAUCGGGAUUUUGCGGUGGAGUGUCAGCGGCUGCGGGAGGUGGUGGACAGGAUGGAGGCCGGUCGAAAGGCGGAGCUUGCGGACGUGGUGACGCGUCAUGCCUUGGAGUUGGCGCGGAUCGAAGCUUCGGGGACCUCAUCGAAAUCCAAGUCGAGGAAGAAGGGUGAGGGGAGCUGAUCCGGGCGAUCUCCGCUGAGGAGGAUUCGUGGAUGGUGAGCGGGCC